AUGUUCAGGCCACUAAUUCAACUGACUAGAUUAAACUUGGGAAUUGCAAGAUUUAGUACCAAGCAUAUGUGGAGGCCACUAUCUCAAACUUCACAUCAAUUUGCUAGCAAUAUCACGGUUAGGACUUCGAACAGAGCAGGCUUGAAGUUGUUGGGUUGUGUAACUGGUGCCCUUGGAUUUGCCAGUUUCUUAAAUAGAUCUUCAGCCGUUCUCAACGAGACUUACCGAUCAUCAGGAUCACUUGGAGGACAGGUUCAGGCCGAUGUUACCAGAAUUGAGAAGUCAGCCAAGACUAGCAAGUCGAGGUUCGGAGGCAAGCUCAAUUAUCAAGAGCUUUGCAUUGGAUCCGUUACGGGUUUAUUCUUGGGAAUUAUUGCUGGUAAGUUGAGUUCUGUAAUUGUUUUUUUAACUCUUUCGAGUUACUUGCUACUUCAGUUUUUACAAUCCAGAGAUAUUAUCACGAUUCCCUGGAAGAAAAUGAUCAACGUUGGCUCGGAGUCAAUUGAUAUCAGAACAUUAGUGUUUGAGAAACUAAGCUUCAAAAUCUCAUUCGUGUCAUCAUUCUUAAUUGCAGCGUUUAAUGUAUAG